CCGACGGUCGCCGACAUGGCUCUCUACUGCGGCGACAACUUCGGCGUGUACUCGCAGCCCGGCCUGUCCCCGGGCGCCGCCGCCCCGGGCGCCCCCCCGGCUGCCCGGGCGCCCUACGGUCUGGCCGACUAUGCCGCGCCGCCGGCCGCAGCCGCCAACCCCUACCUGUGGCUCAACGGGCCGGCCGUGGGCGGUCCCCCUGCCGCCGCCGCGUACCUGGGCGCCCCGCCGCCGCCGCCGCCGCCGCCGCCGCCCCCCGGGGGCGCGCCCGGGCCCUUCCUGCAGCCGCCGACCGCCGCCGGCACCUUCGCCUGCGCGCAGCGGCCCUUCGCGCAGCCCGCGGCCGCAGCGCCCGCCUCGCCCGCCGGGCCCGCGGCGCCCGGGGAGCUGAGCUGGCUGUCCAUGGCCAACCGCGAGGACCUGAUGAAGAUGGUGCGGCCGCCCUACUCGUACUCGGCGCUCAUCGCCAUGGCCAUCCAGAGCGCGCCCGAGCGCAAGCUCACGCUCAGCCAUAUCUACCAGUUCGUGGCCGACAGCUUCCCCUUCUACCAGCGCAGCAAGGCCGGCUGGCAGAACUCCAUCCGCCACAACCUGUCGCUCAACGACUGCUUCAAGAAGGUGCCCCGCGACGAGGACGACCCAGGGAAAGGUAAUUACUGGACCCUGGAUCCGAACUGUGAGAAAAUGUUUGACAACGGGAACUUCCGUCGGAAGCGAAAGCGCCGCUCGGAAGCCAGCAGCACCCCUACGGUGGCCGUGGGGACCUCGAAAACAGAAGAAGGGCUCUCCCCGGGACUGGGGUCUGGAGUGGGUGGGAAGCCGGAAGGAGACAGCUCCCCGGCGUUGCUGAGGCCCUCUCAGUCCCCAGAGCCUCCCGAGGGCACCAAGAGUACCGCCUCCUCCCCAGGAGGGUCCGUGCUCUCCUCCACCCCUUGCCUGAACAGCUUCUUCAGCAGCCUCGGCACGCUAAGUGUUAACAGCAGUGGGAGCACCCAGCGAGUGCUCCCCGGCGGCCGCCCCCUAGGGAUCCAGGGGGCCCAGGUGCCCUCGAGCGGCGCGUUCCCCCCCAGCUCCGUCCCGGAGGCCUCGCCAGACACCUUGCAGCUGAGUCACAGCACCAGCAAUGGCAGCAGCCAGAGGUCUUCCUACUACAGCCCCUUCCCUGCCAGCACCAGCGGGGGACCAAGCAGCCCCUUCAGCACCCCUUUCUACAACUUCAGCAUGGUCAACAGCCUCAUCUACCCCCGGGAGGGCUCCGAGGUAUAGACCCCCCGCUUCCCAGACUUGACUAUGGACACCUGAAAUCUUGUGGAAAAUGCAGAUUCCAAGGCAGUAGGUCUGGGGCGAGAACUGAGACUCCUCAUUUCUCCGAAGCUCCCGGCUGAGCUUGCGGUCCACUGACCACACUUGGAGUAGCGUGGAUGCAGUAGGUAACUGUUUCUACAACCCGGCAAACUUUGACAGGUUUCUCUGGAGAGAAAUCCAGCUCACUCUGUUCUGGGAUCAUACCCGUGAGCCCUGAGAGGGCAUGGACCACGUGUGUUUGUUCAUCACUGUAUGUCAGGGUCACAAGCUCAAAUGGGUCCAGGGACCGGCUACAAAAACAAGUGAAUUAAGUUAUUGGGUCGGAAAAAGAUAACAGUUGGCACUGGAAGCAGUUGCGAGCGGUUGGGACCUUCGAGCUGAAGGCUGCUGUGGGCAGCUGGUUAUCUCCUGCUUGACAGCAUUCUGAUUUUUCUAGAAAAGUCAGAGACAUGGAUUUAAAAAAAAUUUUUUUUUUAAUGAAUUUAUUUAUUUUUAUUUUUGGCUGCGUUGGGUCUUUGUUGCCGCGUGCGGGCUUUCUCUAGUUGUGGCGAGCAGGGGCUACUCUUCGUUAUGGUGCGUGGGCUUCUCAUGGCAGUGGUUUCUCUUGUUGCGGAGCACAGGCUCUAGGUGCGCGGGCUUCAGUAGUUGUGGCUCGCGGGCUCAGUAGUUGCGGCUCGCGGGCACUAGAGCACAGGCUCGGUAGUUGUGGAGCACGGGCUUAGCUGCUCCGUGGCAUGUGGGAUCCUCCCGGACCAGGGCCCGAACCUGCGUCCCCUGCAUUGGCAGGCAGAUUCCCAACCACUGCGUCACCAGGGAAGCCCAGAGACCUGGAUUUUUAUAGGAAACCUCCAUUUGUCUUCUUUGUGGCUACUGAGAGUCUUUCGAAUACUGUGCUAGGAAGCGCCACAAAUCCUUGAGCUCUUCGCAGCUCACAAAUCACCUCUGUCUAUGCUCAGUGUCAGGUACAUGGCAGAUACUAAUAGCAAUAGAACCGCCCAAGCACACCCUGUGUGCCAGGCACUGUUCUAGAUACUUGACAUAUAUUAGCUCGUUUAAUCCUCACGACAACCUUGGGAGAGAGGUAUUGUUACUCCCCCUCAUUUUCUGUAUGAGGGCAGUGAACGGCCAAGAAGUUAGUUAGCUUGCCCAAGGCCAUACAGAUAGUAAGUCAUGGACCCAGGAUCGAGUUUGGGCCGUGCGUGUGUGCGUGCGUGCGUGCGUGUGUGUGUUUUGUAUUUUAGGGUUUUUUGUUGUUGUUUUUUGACCUCACUGUGUGGCUUGCGGUACCUCUGUCCCCCGACCAGGGAUUGAACCCAGGCCACGGCAGUGAACGUGCCAAAUGCUAACCACUAGGCCACCAGGGAACUCUCACCAGGAUCCAGUUUUAAGGCGGUCUGGCUCCAGAGUCAGUGCUUGUAAGCUUUGUGUUCUAGUGUGUUCUAGUUCCUGAAAAGCAAAGGCACCAACGUGCAUAGGCAGACAUGGUGUCUAAAGAGUAGGAAUGAGCUAGGUUUCAUCUGACCAAAGAUUCUGGUUGAAAUCAGUAUCACUUGAGACAUUCUGAGCAGCGAGGUUGGACACCAGCUCUGUCUUACUUCUGCUGCCAUAUUUCUGAGGUUUGGGUUGACCAUCCUAAUUAAUUGGCAUCCUAUCCGUUUUAGCAUUUGUCCUGGAUUUUUCGUCUUUGAAACAAAGUUUUCGAAUUUUAUUCAAAGUAGUUUUUAAAUGGAAUUUUUAUAAGUUUUUAAAAUAAGACAUUUGUGGUCAAAAAAUUUUUUUUUAUGUAAUUUAUUUUUAACAUUCCCUUCUACUUCUCAAGAGGUAUCUUCCUUUAAAUAGUUUUUUAUGGUCACCCUCCUGGUGCCCAACAGAAUGUCUGUACAUGGCAGACAUGCAGCCACUGUUUGAACUUAUCCAGAAAGUGUGAAUUAACAUGCAGAUAGUUGGUGAUUUUAUUGGAAUAGCGAUGUAUUAAGAUGAAGAUAAUGUCCUAUGAAUUGUUUUUUGGACGAUGUUGUUUGGUCUUUGAUGGGAGCGUUGCUGGUUCAGGAUUUUAAUUUUUUUAGAAAAAGGAACACAAAUUCAUUGCAAAAAAAUUUUUAACUUUUCCCUGUGUAUUCUUUUUUGAGACUCUCACAGCGUUACUGUUAAAUUUGAAGUUUGAAAUAUACAUACAGAAUUAUUUUUUUAAAAUAGUCUAUUGCGGUAUAAAUAACAUCACCAUUACUUUGUAAAUAUUAUGCAGGAGGACAACCAAAGAGACUACCUACCGCCGUAUUGUGUGUACAAAAAAACGCUUUCUAUAGAUAUUUUUCUAUGUGAAAAACUGUAUGGACUUUUAUAAAUACUGUUUCUAACACAAUUCUAUAUUUGUAAAUUAAUUUAUAAUGUGAACUGGGACAACAUUUCUUUUUCCCCAAAAAAGCACACCGCAUGCUGGA